CUCACCCCACUAAAACUCAGGCCCCCGCCCCUUCUCUACUCUCUCUCUCUCUCUUUCCCCGUCCUUCGGUCCACACAUGACUGCUCCUCCCAUGCCAUCUUCGAAGGCACUAGCUGCGGCCCAAUACCACAGCAACUCUGUCUCUGAUGCUCCUAGACAGGAAACCAAGGGAGAAAAAUAAAAUUCCAAGAAUGGGCACUUUGAGUCCUUCCAAGCACCACCAUUCUUAUCCUUCUCUUACCAGGAGGCUUCUUCCAUGGACCUUUUAUGUUAUCAUCCCUUUGCUUUUCUUUCGCUUGUACAUCUACCCUCGCCUUCUUCCUCACUCCAACCCCAUUCUCAUCUCCUCUUCUCCCUUCUCUCUUUCUCCUUAUACUUCAGGAGAUGCGGAAACUACUCCAUGUGACUACACAAACGGCGACUGGGUCCAUGACAAUAGGGGCCCUUUGUACAAUGCCACAACCUGCGGUACAAUCAAGGAAGGCCAGAAUUGCAUCGUCCAUGGCAGGCCAGAUAUGGGUUACCUAUACUGGAGAUGGCAACCAAAGCAAUGCAAGCUUCCAAGGUUUGAUUCCAACACAUUUCUUCAACUCCUUAGAAAUAAACAUUUGGCAUUUGUUGGUGAUUCCAUGGCAAGGAACCAAUUGGAGUCACUUCUUUGCAUGCUAGCCACUGCCUCUGCUCCUAAGCUUGUUUAUCGAGAUGGUGAGGAUAACAAGUUUCGCAGAUGGCAUUUUGAUUCUCAUAAUAUCACUAUAUCCUUGUAUUGGUCUCCUUUUCUGGUAAAAGGUAUGGAAAAAUCAAAUGCUGGAUCAAAUCACAACAAAUUGUAUUUAGAUCAUGUUAAUGAGAGGUGGGUAGCUGAUAUGAAUGGAUUUGACUUGCUUGUGCUAUCAAUUGGGCAUUGGUUUCUACAUCCAGCAGUGUAUUAUGAGGGUGAUUCUAUUCUGGGUUGCCAUUACUGUCCUGGUCUUAAUCACACUGAAAUUGGAUUUUAUGAUGUCUUGAGAAAGGCUUUAAAAACUACACUCAGGACUGUAAUUCAGAGAAGAGGGAGCGGUUUUAAUGGCAAUGGGAUUGAAGUAAUUCUUACAACCUUCUCACCUUCACAUUUUGAAGGGGAUUGGGAUAAGUUUGGUGCUUGUCCAAAAAAGAAGCCUUAUCAGGAGAGAGAGAAAUCACUUGAAGGAAUGGAUGCAGAGGUGAGAAAAAUUGAAAUUGAAGAAGUUGAAGCUGCAAAGUUGAGUGCUAUGCAAUUUGAUAAUAUAAGAUUUGAGGCAUUAGAUGUGACCAAAUUAUCGCUAUUGAGGCCAGAUGGUCACCCAGGACCAUACAUGUAUCCAUUUCCAUUUGCUAAUGGUGUAACCGAGCGCGUGCAAAAUGAUUGUGUGCAUUGGUGCUUGCCCGGGCCUAUAGACACCUGGAAUGAGAUAUUACUGCAAGUGAUUAAGAGAUGGGGUAUCAUUCAAUAAGAGAAUGAAUGAUGACAAUAUGUCAACAUAGAGGGAUUGUCUUUAUGCUAAAAUUUUGUGAUCCAUUUGGGUGGUGUUCAUUGCUCUUGAAGAGAGACGAGACAGAUAGGGAAGAAGAGAGGCUAAGUGGUGCCCAGAAGAAUGAUGUUUUGGGAGAAUUUUUUAUUCAUGUAAAAUGUACAAAUGAUGUCAAUGUGAAGUAAAUAUCAAUAAAUGUAUGUAUAAGGAAACCUUGUCUGCAUUCUAAAUAAUUUGGUACAUUCCAUUGUGUGUA